UAACAGCAUGGAAUCAAUAGAUGAAUAAUAAAUCAAAGACGAGUUCGCAUUAUUUAUUUAUAAGAGUUCUCUGAACGGAGACUGUCCGAAGACAACAAAAACCGUCCACCGCCUGUUCAUCGAUCGGGGUCGGAGUUGACUGAGACCUACGUCUGCAUCGUUAAUUCUCUCUCCACCUGCAUGAAGUUCCCUGUUCCUCGCAGAACCACCCAGUUUUGUCCGUUCACGUCCUUGUUCCUGUUGUCUGUCCUACCUCUCGUCCUCCUCGUCAUCGUGGCGCCCUCUCUCCGCUUCUCGUCUUCCCCCGCCUUCAGACUCUCCUCGGUUCUGGGCCACUUCCGUCAUACACGGCUCACGACCUCUCCCUCAUUGCAGCCGCUGACAGACCUCCGAAGACUGUUGACAACAGCCAGCAUGGCGCCCGAUCAUCUGCGUAAGCCUCCCCAGGCUCCUCCUCUCUUCACGGCCACCGCCCAGUCGAUCCUCGACGACACCAAACGCCUCAUCGACACAUCGCGCAAGGUGCAGGAUGACGUGGUCAAACAUGUGCAGCCCGAGUCGGCCAUGUUUGCCAACGUGGUCCUCCCAAUGGCUCGUGAUCAGAACGAAUCCGCUCUAGAGACUCAUAUUCUGUGCUUCUACCAGGCCGUCUCGACCGAUGAGAAGCUGCGCGAUGCCUCCUCCGAAGCGGAGAAGCAGCUGGAUGAUUUCUGGAUCGAGGCGUCUAUGCGCGAGGACCUCUUCAAGCUCGUUGACGCCGUGCUGAAACGGGGCGAAACACUCGAUCCGGAGUCCAAGCGACUCCUGGAGAAGGAACACAAGGACUAUGUCCGCAGCGGUCUUGGUAUCCCCGCUGGUCCCCAACGGGAUCGGUUCAAGGAGAUCAAGAAGCGACUAAGCCAGCUGGCGAUUGAAUUUUCGCGGAAUCUAAAUGAGGAGAAGGGUGGUAUCUGGUUCACCCGUGAGGAACUGGACGGGGUACCUGAGGACGUUCUCUCGGGCCUGAAACAGGGCGAGGGUGAGAAUGAGGGCAAGCUCUGGCUGACCUUCAAGUAUCCCGACCUGUUCCCAACGAUGAAGUACGCGAAGAAUGGCGAAACACGGAAACGCAUGGCCAUUGCCAAUGAGAAUAAGUGCAACCAGAACGUGCCCCUGUUCCGUGAGGCGAUGAUCCUGCGUGACGAGGCGGCUCGCAUCAUGGGAUAUCCCAACCAUGCCUCGUUCCGUAUUGAGGACGGGAUGGCCAAGUCGCCAGACUGGGUGAACCAGUUCCUUGGAGGCCUGCGGACCCGUCUUACGGAUGGAGGGAAGAAGGAGCUCGAGGUCCUGCUCAAUCUGAAAAAGACGGAUCUCGAAUCCCGUGGCGAGCCCUUCGAUGGCCGCUUUUAUAUCUGGGAUCACCGCUUUUACGACCGGCUCAUGCAGGAGAGGGACUAUGCUCUGGACCAGCAGCUGGUGUCAGAGUAUUUCCCUCUCCAGACCACUAUUGAAGGCAUGCUGAAGAUCUUCGAGGAGCUAUUCGGACUUGUAUUCGUGGAAGUCACUGGUGAAGACCGGGACACGCUCGCCACGACGGGCAAAGGUAACGAUAUUGUCUGGCACGAUGAUGUCCAGAUAUUCAGUGUUUGGGAUGACGAGGGCGAGGGUAGCGGUUUCGUAGGGUAUCUGUAUUUGGACCUGUUCUCGCGCGACGGCAAAUACGGCCAUGCAGCGAAUUUCAAUCUGCAGCCUGGCUUCGUCGACGCCAACGGCAAGCGUCACUACCCAGCCACGGCACUGGUGUGCAACUUCACCAAGCCUACAGCCAAAAAGCCCAGUCUCCUCAAGCACCACGAAGUAACGACUCUCUUCCACGAAUUGGGCCACGGAAUCCACGACCUCGUCUCCCGAACGACCUACUCACGCUUCCACGGCACCAACACAGCUCGCGACUUCGUCGAAGCGCCCAGCCAAAUGCUGGAGAACUGGUGCUGGACCCCCUCCCAACUCAAAUCACUGAGCAAGCACUACUCCUACCUAUCCCCGAAAUACUUGGAGGCCUGGAAGGACCAAGUGGAAGGCAAACCACAACCUCCUGAGCAGAUCCCACAGGAGGUAAUCGACAAGAUCAUCCGGACGAAACACGUCAACGAUGCCCUUCUCAACCUACGCCAACUGCAUUUCGGCAUCUUCGAUCUCACCGUGCACCAGCCGCGUAACCACGAGGAGAUUGAAAAGCUGCCCAUCUCAGAGACGUAUAAUUCUCUCCGCAAGCAGAUCACCGGCAUCGACGGACCGGAGGUUCUGGGAUUUGGAAAUGACUGGGGUAAUGGACAGGCUACCUUUGGUCAUUUGAUGGGCGGGUACGAUGCUGGUUAUUAUGGGUAUAUGAGCUCCCAAGUCUACUCGGCAGACAUGUUCUAUACCAUCUUCCACUCGAACCCUAUGAAUGGCUCCGAAGGCCGUCGCUACCGCCACCAGGUCCUGGAGAAGGGAGGCAGCCAGGACGAGAUGAAGACGCUCACCGACUUCCUGGGCCGCGAGCCAAGAUCGGAUGCGUUCUAUCGGGAACUUGGGCUGUCUGCCACCGAUGAGGGAUCGCAAGGUGGGCCUGUUUGAGCCUCUGCUUUCUGAGGCUCACUUAUUAUCUAUCAUAGGGCUUGAUCUAGAAAAAAAAAACAAAAUUAUAAGUUCUAUUCGGAAUGUAUGCAUCUGUGGAUUUAUAUUUGAAGUAAUUACACGCCCUCCAUCCUCUCCCCCGGCGCAAGCAUCUUAAUAUCAUAAUGCUCCCCCCUCUCCAGGACGAAGACAGGAUCACCGACACGCAGCGUGAACUCUACCUACCUAUUGGCAGAUUGCUUGAAAGGGAUAGACAAAGAAUAUAGAGAAGAAAAUAGACCGGGGAGAAAUAAACCGGGAGAAUAGGAGAGUGAAUACACACUAACAGCCGGAACAAGCUGCAUCCCCAAACACGCAUUCGUCAGGUCCCCUCUAUCGAUGCAUCGGUAGGAUUUCAUCGUUCUAUCCGGUUCACGCGGGCGUCGUAUGCCCGUGUCCGGGUCGACGUUGGGGAGACGGCAGCGGAUUGUGCGGCAGACUGUAUAUUUCUGUCGAUGCAUCAUCUACAGAUGAGGAUGAAGAGUGCUUUGAUAUGGCAUGGGGGAUUUCCAUUUUCAGUCCUUGCUUCUUUGACGGGUUUGUUGUGGUAUUUAGGAUCGUAUUCGUCGUGGAUGUUGAUUGUGCCUCGGGGGAGGCCGAGUUUGCGGCAUCCUUUUGGGUUUCUCUGAUAGUAUGGUGCAUUUAUAUUAUGAACGAAGAUAAAGAGGAUUAUUGGGAGGAGAAGUC